UCGACAUUUUCCAAUCAAUAAAAGCUCACCACUCUCGAGUGCUUCAACCAGUUUUCACUGAUUGCUCGGCGAGACACCAGCGAAACUGUCGUGAAGAUGAACAAAUUUACGGUGAUUUUUGUUGCCUUAGCGGUUUUGGGCGCCGUUAAUGCUUACGGUGCGGGAGGUGGUGGUAAAUACGGUGGCGGUGGUGGUGGUUUUGGGCCAGGUGGCGGUGGUGGUGGCUUUGGUCCAGGUGGUGGAGGCGGUGGUGGCUCCGGUGGUGGUGGUGGCGGUGGCCAUGGUGGCGGCAGCGGUGGAGGCGGAUUCGGACCUGGAGGCGGUGGUGGUGGAUUCGGCCCCGGAGGCGGUGGUGGCGGUUCUGGUGGUGGUGGCGGCUCUGGAGGUGGUGGUGGCCAUGGUGGUGGUGGCGGAUUCGGACCUGGUGGCGGUGGUGGUGGAUUCGGCCCCGGAGGCGGUGGUGGCGGUUUUGGCCCAGGCGGCGGUGGCGGCUCUGGAGGUGGUGGUGGCUACGGUGGUGGUGGUGGUCGUGGACAUAGUGGUGGUGGUAGUUUUGGACCAGGCGGCGGUGGCAGCUCUGGUGGCGGUGGCUCUGGCGGCGGCGGCGGUUUUGGUGGUGGUGGUGGCUUUGGCUCAGGUGGCGGCUUCGGCUCGGGCGGUUCAGGCGGUUCAGGCGGUUUCGGAUCAAGUGGUGGCUAUGGCUCAAGUGGUGGUCACAAAAAGCAUGGCUAUUAGAUUUAAGGCGCUACCUUUAUUUUACUGUGAUUCUUUAACUGUGAAAUAUGUACAUAACUUUCGUCUCGGAGAAGUCAUUGGAUAUGUUUGAUAUGAAAUAAAUGUCUUUUUAUAUAACUA